CAACCGUGACGUAAUCCUGUAUCUGAGCCAUGUCUGGAUGGGCAGUGCCCUGCUCCUUUUUGCUUGCAGGUGCAGGAGCAGCAGGGUUUUCGACACUGGCCUUCACAGCAUGCUUUCCCUGGAGCAUACUUUGCCUUACUGGAGCGAGAUCCCUAAUCUGGAGGAAUAAAGUCGUACCUUUGUGUGAAGCAGGGAAGCUGUGAGGACUUGAUGCACCUGAAAAGAGCGCUCCUUUCAUGUCAAAUGCCAAGACUUUCUAAGGUCAAUCUUUUUACUUUGUUCAGUCUCUGGAUGGAGCUCUUUCCCUCAUCUGAGCAACAGAAAAAAUCACAGGUAAAGAAGAGUGGACUAGUUGUGGUGAAAAACAUGAAGAUUAUCGGUCUUCAUUGUUCCAGUACAGACUUGCAUGCUGGCCAGAUUGCACUCAUUAAACACGGGUCAAGACUUAAAAACUGUGAUCUUUAUUUUUCCAGAAAACCAUGUUCGACUUGUUUAAAAAUGAUUGUAAACGCUGGGGUGAACAGGAUUUCUUACUGGCCUGCAGAUCCUGAAAUCAGCUUGCAGAAUGAGGCAUCCAAUCCCAUGACUACUGACGAUGCAAAGCUAGAUGCCAAAGCAGUAGAAAGACUGAAGUCAAACAGUCGUGCUCGAGUGUGUGUGUUGCUUCAGCCCUUGGUAUGCUAUAUGGUGCAAUUUGUCGAAGAAACUUCCACCAAGUUUGAUUUUAUUCAAAAAAUAGCAAAAUCUCAGCCUGACUCUAAUACCGACUUUUACACUGCAUGUAGACAAGAGAGAAUAAAAGAGUAUGAAAGUUUAUUCCUAAUUUCAAAUGAGGAAACACACAAGCAAAUAUUGAUGACAAUAGGACUGGAGAACCUCUGUGAAAAUCCAUACUUCAGCAACCUCAGGCAAAAUAUGAAAGAUCUUGUCUUGGUCUUGGCAACAGUGGCUGCCAGCGUCCCUGACUUCAGAUGCUUUGGAUUUUACAACAGCGAAUCACGGCGAACAAAUGAAACAGACCAUCAGGGUUUGCCCCAAGAAAUUGCAAGGCACUGUAUGAUACAAGCCAGACUACUUGCGUACCGAACAGAGGAUCAUAAAACAGGAGUUGGAGCUAUUAUUUGGGCAGAAGAAAAAUCAAGAAGCUGUGAUGGAACAGGAGCAAUGUAUUUUGUAGGCUGUGGUUACAAUGCCUUUCCUGUUGGAUCUGAAUAUGCUGAUUUUCCUCACAUGGAUGAUAAACAAAAAGAUCGGGAAAUCAGAAAGUUCAGAUACAUUAUACAUGCGGAGCAGAACGCCUUGACAUUCAGGUGCCGAGAAAUAAAGCCAGAUGAGAGAAGCAUGAUAUUUGUGACGAAAUGUCCAUGUGAUGAAUGUGUCCCUUUAAUCAAAGGGGCUGGUAUCAAGCAGAUCUAUGCAGGAGACGUUGAUGCUGGAAAAAAGAAAGCAGACAUAUCCUAUAUGAAGUUUGGUGAACUUGAGGGUGUAAGCAAAUUUACAUGGCAACUGAAUCCAUUGCACAAUAAUGCCCUCGAAUUCCAUGACCCUACAGCCAGGGAAAAUGGGGUCCAGAAAACAAAAUCACUAGAUGACCAGCAACACCAAAACAAGAAACUGUGUCUUGGUCACUAUUGAAUAAUUAAGCACUUCUGCAGUCUUGCUUUGUACGUUUUAUAAUGCAGCCUGUUUGCACUUUCAAAUAAGGAAGAGUUUUAUUUAUUGUUUGGAAAGUGACUUUUAAAUAAGUUUAUUUAUGAUGUUUUAAAUGUUUUAUGGAAUUACCUGAAGGUCUUUUUAAUUUAGAAGUUCCUGGAAAAAAAAUGCUGCUUGUAUUUUCUCUGAAAGUAACUGGGUGGGUAAUUAUUGUUAACGCAUUAAAAAAAAUACUGAAAGUUUAUUGCUGGUAGAUCAGAGUAAUAAUAAAAUGGUGUCUUUUUUGCUUGGUGUAUGGAUUGGGGGAAUGGAUUUCUAAGUUCUGAGCUAGCAGAAUGCAGAAAUAAGCCCUAGUUCUUAUUAGUACAGUCAUCAAGGGAAUCUUGUAGGAAAUGGUAGAUAGUCACCAGCAAUUCCUGUUUCUGAAAGUGGCUUUUGCUUCUCAGUCUGCUUGUAUAAAGGAGACAAAGUCAUUGGGAUGGCAAUCAUUGUUAGGUAAGUGAUUUGGAGAUCAAGCUUGUCUCUCAUACAUACUCUUUUCCAACUACCAUAGCAGCAGAGCUGUUCGGUUUUGUGGUAUUGCAUUGCUGCUCUGUGUUCUUCCUCACGUGCGUCCCAUCUGAAUUAAUGUAGACAAAGAUCAGCUUUGCUUUUUCUCAGCUUCUGGAUGCAGGCAUAAAAUAAUUUGGUGGUAUGCAUCUCACUGGCCCCGACAUACUGUGUGCAGAUUGCUAGUGUUUUGGUUUUGUUAAUCUUUGCUAACAGGCUUCUAGGACUAUAGAAGCUACUGAAGUGCCAGAUUUCCUGUUGUUUCUUAGAUAGGAUGGAACCAGUGGAAUAGCCUGAAUCUUUUCAGGUGCCAAUCUCUUGGGUGACUACACAUGGAGCAAGGGUGACGUUAAAACAGCCAGUGAAACUGCAGUCUAAUGUUGUAGCUAGUUUGAGGGGCUGCUGGGUAGGUAACAGGUAAACAGAACAGAGAGUUUACCCAGCAGCUUUUGAGAGGUCACGCUCCUUGUUCUCAUCUGUUUGCUGCUUUGAAUAUGACCUCUGUUUUUUUGUUUUAGCAGAUGUUGCAAGACUUUCUGUUCACUCCUCCGCUGAGCUCUCAAAUGCAAACACUGUAAGCCUUUUUCUGCUGCUGCUGGUAGAAUAUAGAAACAGCUUUUUCCCAGUUAUUUCAUACAUCUUGUCUUUGCUGCCCUCUUUAAAGUCUUGGAAAGGGAUUCGUGUCUUAAGAUGCUGCUGUAAGUUUGGUUUGUUUCUUUUAGGCGUUGGAAAAGGUUGGAACUAGAUAGGAAAGCUGUGAUCGGAUAGCAUGCAAAGCAUCCUUAACAUGGCAUUAAUUAUAUAGGGCGUGUUCUCACACAGACCCCAACAUCUGCUGCUGGUCCUGUAACUCAAGGUACAGUUCUUGAUGCUUGGAGCUGCAGCAAGGAGCUGUGAUUCCCCGUGGCUCAUAGCAGAACUUCAUUCUUGAGUACCUGGCCUUCAGAACUGGGGAAUGCUUAUAUCCUCUUACCGUCAUGAGAAUUCACUCUGAGUGGAGCUGGAGAAGCAGCUGUUUCUCUGAGCCUGGUUAGACUUGAAGGCUACUCUAGGGCUUCUGGUUGAGUGCGGUGCAUGCAGAGUUAGCAGCAGAAAUCUCAUCGGGCAGCUGGCUGACCUCCUGCAGGCACCACUGUCUUGCUAAGUAGGGUGCGUGCAGCUUCGUUUUCCAGUACCAGGUAGUGGAGGAAGGAGAAAAAUCUGAUGCUGUUUGUCAGCGAAGGGAAGGAUGGUGAAAUCCAUUUUUGCAUCACACCACAAAAGAGUGCUUAUUCACAGUACCUCGGGAGGAAAUAGCUGAACUGCCACUUCACUAGGUCUUGGAAUCUAGUGUGGAGGAACUGGGGUCCUGAACUUGGGGCCAGCAGAUCCGGCUGCAAGAGCUCUAUGUCUCACCUGUCAGAUCCAGAGCCCAGGGCCUGGGAAUUACCCUGGAUGCUGUACGAACCUCAGAAAGACAGUUUUUUCCUCUCAUCAAGGAUUAUAUAGUUUCAUUGUUUGUAAAUUCCAUAUGAGGUUAAAGUCAAACAUUGGUGUUUCAUAAGCAAGAUUAUAAUCUGUUUUUAAAUCAUAAAUAUUUUACUUUGGCACUUCUUUUAAGCAUCAUGUGUUAGAAUAAUUACUCUUGGCUUUCCUACAGAUCAGAGGAACGCUGUCCAAAUUAGAGUAAAAAGUCUGCCCCACCCACUGAAACCUUCUUGUUUCCAUCAUCCAUCGGCAGUGCUCUUCUACUUGAGGUACAAGCAGGGAAAAAAAAACAAACAGGGGCAGGUUUAAUGCCCCUUCAAGUUUUAUACUGAUCAGUCAGCUGGUAUCAAAAUCGGGAAGGAAGUCUGUGUCUUUAUAGAAACAGCUGAAAUUGAAAAGGCCCUGAAACAUCAUAGGUGGCCUGGGUACAUGGAGGGGUAAAUCAAGAUAAAAGUCAAAUGUCACACACAUUAAAUAACUACACUUCAGUGAAUGCUGCUGGUAACCUGUACUUCCUGAGGAGUUAAGAUUUUACCUUUACUUUUUAUCGUUUUUUUAAAAGAGGAUUUUUGUACAAAACUUCCCAUGAGAUCUUGAAUUGCUUGUACGGCUGAUGGCUUGCAAGUCUGGCUUUAUUUCUGCCUUGCUGUAUCUCUGCAGAUUCCUCCAGAUGCUCUCAAAUUGCUGUAGGCUCUGAUUAUCAGUGUAACUCUACUUCUUUUAAUUCUUGCUGGGAUUACAAAGUAGGGUCUUUAUCCUGGACAACAGGGACAAUGUGAUUGGGGUUUCUCUCUGAACCCGUGGACUCUGUAGGCGCUGCUGUGCAUGUCAUCUGCUUACCAGGGAGAGCCACGGAAGACCGGACAUCUCCUGCAGUGCUUAUUUUGCAAAUGAACUCUAGAAUGUUUGUUUCUUCCAUAAAAAGAACAAUGUAUUUAAAAUUAAGAAACGCAAAAGCUAUAUAUUUUAUAUAUUGUAUGAAAUUUCCAUAUGCAUUUUGGGUCUCUUCCAUUCAUUUCAGAGCAGUCAUUUUAAUUGCAGGUAUUAACUAUCAGUAAUGAUUUGGCCUCUUGACUGAGAAUUACGAAAAUUCUCUGUUAAUUGUCUGCCUUACAGCAAAACAUGUUUUCUGCUAAUAAAUUAA